AUGAGGGUCGUCGAAGUAGUAUUAGACGGUUUCAAAUCGUACGCUGUCCGAACUGUCAUCUCUGGCUGGGACGGGAGCUUCAACUCCAUUACUGGACUUAAUGGAUCUGGGAAGUCAAAUAUUUUGGACGCAAUAUGUUUUGUGCUCGGUAUAACGAACAUGAGCACUGUUCGGGCUCAAAACCUGCAGGACCUCAUAUACAAACGUGGUCAGGGCGGAGUUACGAAAGCUAGUGUUACCAUCGUUUUUGACAACCGCGACAAGAAGAAGAGCCCCAUUGGUUUCGAGGACGAGGCACAAAUCUCUGUUAUGAGGCAGAUAGUCAUGGGCGGAACAAGCAAAUAUAUGAUCAACGGACAUCGCGCACAACAACAGACAGUGCAAAACCUGUUCCAGUCGGUCCAGCUAAACAUCAACAAUCCCAACUUCCUGAUCAUGCAGGGCCGAAUCACGAAGGUCCUGAAUAUGAAGGCAGUGGAAAUACUUGCCAUGAUUGAAGAAGCCGCCGGGACACGCAUGUUUGAGGACAGGCGAGACAAGGCUUUCAAGACAAUGGCAAAGAAGGAGAUGAAGGUGCAAGAGCUUAGCGAGCUGCUGCGGGAUGAGAUUGACCCCAAAUUGGAGAAACUUCGCCAAGAGAAGCGCGCUUUCUUGGAUUUCCAGCAAACACAGAGCGACCUUGAACGACUUACACGGCUGGUUGUUGCCCAUGACUAUGUGCGGUACAAGGAGAGAUUACGACAAUCUGCGGGCGACCUCGAAGCAAAGAAGCAGCGGGCAAAGGACCUAGAAGGGUCCGCGGUCCGGAUGAAGAAGGAGAUCGAAUACCUCCAAGAGGACAUCAAGAAGGUCAAAGCCACCCGAGAAAAAGAGCUUCGCAAAGGCGGUAAAUUUCAGGCCCUGGAGGAGGAUGUCAAGAUGCAUUCGCACGAGAUCGUCCGGCUGUCAACUGUCCUCGAACUGAAAAAGUCCAGCAUGGCCGAGGAGUCUGAUAGACGGAAGAAGAUUGAGAAGAGUGUUAAGGAGCUCGAGACCCAGCUCCGGGAGAAGACGGAGACCUACGAAAAACUCCAGGAAAAGUAUAAAACGGCCCAUGAUGAGCUCGCCAAGCAGACAGAAGAAGUGGAGAAAAAAGAGGAACUGUUUCAGACGCUUCAGACGGGUGUCGCUUCCAGAGAAGGCCAGGAGAGCGGAUACCAGGGUCAGCUUCAAGACUCCAGGAACCGAGCCAGCGCCGCCGCUACAGAACAGGAGCAGGCCAAGCUUAAAAUAUCCCAUUUCGAGAAGCGCAUUAAGGAGGAAGAGCCGAAGGCAAAGAAGGCGAAGGAACAGAACUCUGGACUGCUGAAAGACCUCGAGGCUCUCAAGACCCAAGCUAAGAGGCUGGAAGCCGAGCUCGCAAAGAUGGGGUUUGAGCCAGGAAAAGAAUCGGACAUGUACCAGCAAGAGUCCCAGCUCCAAACAAAGAUACGCGAUAUCAAACAGCAAGCCGACGGGUUGAAGAGGAGAGUCGCGAACAUUGACUUCAGUUACAACGAUCCGUCUCCAAAUUUCGAUCGAUCGCGUGUCAAGGGUCUUGUUGCUCAGUUGUUUACACUGGAGAAGGAACGCACUCAUGCAGGGACCGCUUUGGAGAUCUGUGCCGGAGGCAGACUCUAUAAUGUUGUCGUGGACACAGCCGAUACUGGUACUCAGCUGCUUCAAAAUGGUAAACUCAGGAAGCGCGUAACCAUUAUUCCGCUUAACAAAAUUUCUGCUUUUAGGGCAUCGGCCCAGAAGAUUGGUGCAGCUCAAAAGAUAGCUCCUGGCAAGGUCGAUCUGGCACUUUCGUUGAUCGGAUAUGAAGAUGAAGUCACGACUGCGAUGGAAUACGUUUUUGGCUCGACGCUUGUUUGCGAGGAUGCCGAAACUGCGAAGCGUGUCACCUUUGAUCCUGCUGUUCGAAUGAAGAGUGUCACUCUCGAGGGAGAUGUGUACGACCCCGCGGGGACAUUAUCUGGAGGUAGCGCACCACAGUCGAGUGGUGUUUUGGUAACCUUACAGAAACUCAAUGAGCUUACCAAGGAACUUCAAGUGCAAGAGAAACAGCUCGCAGUGCUACAGGCAACAAUGGCAAGGGAAAAGAAGAGGCUUGAUACCACCCGCAAGACGAAACAGGAGCUUGAUCUUAAGACCCACGAGAUUAAACUUACAGAGGAGCAGAUUAGCGGUAACUCGUCAUCUUCAAUCAUCCAAGCAGUUGAGGAGAUGAAAGCUAGCAUUCUGAAGCUCAAGGGAGAUGUCAAGGAUGCGAAGUCUAGACAGGACGAGGCUUCCAAAGAGAUUAAGCGCAUCGAACGCGACAUGAAUGAGUUCAAUAACAACAAGGGUAGCAAGCUCGCCGAGUUGAAAGCAUCAUUGGACAAACUGAAGAAGGCACUCAACAAAAAUAACGGUUCAAUCAAACCACUGCAACUGGAAAUGAGGGAAGCAAUGGUUGAGUCUGAGCAAUGCGGAGGCGAUCUUUCGGCCGCCCAGGAGCAAUUACAGGACGUGCAGACGACGUUGACGACCCAGCAAGAAGAGAUUAAUACGUUGAUUGCAGAGCAAGCUCAAGCAAAGGAUGCACACGAUCUCGCUCAGGCUAACCUAUCGGACGAACAAGCUAAGCUGACCGGAUUCGACGAUGAACUACGUGCCUUGGAGGAAGCAAUCCGAUCAAAGAACUCCCUCAUCACUGAAGAGGGGCUUGAGCAACAGACUCUUGGUCACGAUAUUGAGAGGUUUCACAAGGAACGAGACGCAGCGUCACAAAACCUCAAGGCUCUUGAAAAGGAGCACGACUGGAUCGCUGAUGAGUGUGAACUCUUCGGUCGACCAGGGACCCCUUACGACUUCCGAGGUCAGAACAUGUCUGACUGCAAGGCUACCCGGAAGAAUCUCCAAGAGCGGUUCCAGGGCAUGAAGAACAAGAUCAAUCCAAAAGUCAUGGCUAUGAUAGACAGCGUCGAGAAGAAGGAAGCUAGCUUAAAAAGGAACAUGGCUACUGUCAUCAAAGACAAGAAAAAGAUCGAGGAGACGAUUGUGAAUCUCGACGAGUACAAGAAGAAAGCUCUGCACAAAACUUGGGAAAAGGUCAAUGGCGACUUUGGGCAGAUUUUCAAUGAGCUUCUUCCCGGAAGUUUUGCGAAAUUGGACCCACCCGAAGGCAAAACAAUCGCAGAUGGUCUGGAGGUGAAGGUCAUGCUUGGCAAAGUCUGGAAACAAAGUUUGACUGAGUUGAGCGGUGGUCAGCGUAGAUCUUUAAUCGCCUUGUCUCUCAUCAUGGCGUUGCUGCAAUUUAAGCCAGCACCAAUGUACAUCCUUGAUGAGGUUGACGCCGCACUGGAUCCUUCCCACACACAGAACAUCGGCCUUCUUAUCAAGAACAGAUUCAAGGGCUCGCAGUUCAUUGUUGUAAGUUUGAAGGAUGGCAUGUUUGAGAACGCUAACCGGAUCUUCCGGACAAGGUUUGUUGACGGAACUAGUGUUGUGCAAGCGACUACUGCGGCUGAGAUGAAGAGGUAA